UGCUGUCUGAUUACUGAACCUGGCUAACUCCAGUGACAGGGCACAAGGAGUGAGUAGUAUUUCUUCCCAGUUGGGGGCAGGGGCGGACUGACAACUCAUGGGGCCCCUGGGCAAUAGGGGAUCAUUGGGCCCCUGUGCCCUCACCCACACUCAAAUCACACCCAAAAAAGCCUAUGAAAGGUACCAGGGACAUCUCAUGGGGCCCCAUACUGACCCCGGGCCCUCGGGCAGUGCCCGAGUUCCCCAAUGGUCAGUCCGGCCCUGC